AGGGAAAUUUCCGGACUCAUCAUGACGCCCGAUGUCGUGAGCUUUUUGCUGCUGCUGGGGGGCGCGUGCCGCACCAAGACUACGCUGGUGACUCUGCAAGUGAAAAUAUUAUGUAAAUUUUUGCACCAGGCGGACACGUUUCGACCAACAGUCUUCUACACCGCACAGAAACGUGCGAGGAAGGAACCUCGUCGGUCAUUUACUCGCUUGCUUGGCAGUCCGCUAUCGAUGGAGCGAUGAAGACAGCGCAUACCCCGAUCUCGCCUCGCCACCACCAUCAGGAAAGGACUGUCGUUGCGAAUGUACAAGUACUGUAUGCAUAUUUGACGGAGUUCCUAGGAAGAAGAACUUCUUAUCUCACUUCUGUAUCAGAGACGCAA